AUGAUAUGUUUACAAAUUCUUAUGGAUAUCAACCUACACGUUCUACUCUACGCAAAUACAUGGAGAUCGAAGCAGAAGGAUAUAAGAAGGAAGCAUCAAGGCUUACCUACCAGAGGCCGUUCCGGUACGUCUUCAACAGUGUCAGUGUCGCAAGAAAUUCAGAGUGGAGCAAGCAAAAUUCGAAGUUGCAGAUUGUUUGAGCAAUAUACAGAGAAAUUGCAGAAGAUGAUGAUAAUUCAGUUCCGGCUUUAUAAUUCUGUUACUAAUUUGGUUGGAGGCUUCUGGUUAAUGCUUUUAUGCAGGUUCAAUGGCAAGGAGUAUUUUGGACUAAACAUGACAUGGAUCUCUUACUUGACCAUGGAGAAUGUUUGUGAAGAAGAAUUGAAGUAA